CCUGAGGCAGCAGAAUCUUUGAUAUGGUGCUUGUUUUAAAGUAAAUGUAGCUGUUUAAAACUUCAUUUUCCUGUGAUUAGGACGAGUUGUUAUAAUAAAUGUUAUGCAGUGCAUCUCCUCUGUAAGAUUGGCAGAGCUGGAUGUUAGGGAGAGGCAGAACUGAAAGCCUGGUGGGUUGGGCUGCUCUGGGAGCCCCUGCCUGGGGCUGCUUUGCACAGGAAGCUGUGAGUCCUGCAGCGAUGGAGGGGAUGCUGUGCACUGAGCGAAUGAUUCAUCUCUCUGCCAUUUAUGUGCCGCUGCUCUGCUCAGAGCUGCAGACUAUCCAAAGGCCAAUGCUCCUGAAUUACAGCCCACCUUGUUAGGGAGAGGCACACAGAGGAUGUUCUGGGCUUCCUCUCCGCUGUUACAUGGAGAGUGUGAAUAUUUUAUGUGGUUGGGUGCAGUUCAGAGGUGCGGAUGCCUGAGUGCUGUUUGGUUACCUCUGCUGGCAGGUCACCUGCCCAAACUCCAACUUUGAAUACCUUUGUUCCAGAGUUUAUUGUUUCCAUGAUAAUGGCAGCACUGGGAUUGUCUGAUUGUUCUCCCUUAGAGAACAUCUCCUUAGAUGGUCGAGGUCCAGGAAUCAGUAGAAGCUUUGAGAGGGAGAAGGGAAAACGGGAGAGAACUUUUGAGGUUAGGCAACAGAUGGGGCACAUUGCCCUUCCCAUGUCCUUGCGGAAAUCCUCCUUAGCUGGACUUGCUGUGGGAGGAGGUUGGCAUCCUGCAGAUGGUCAGGAGCCACUUGCCCAAGCAGUGGCCCCACUCUGAGCCUGGCAUUAGGUGCUGUGUAUAAAUUGUUGCAGCCUGUCAUUCAAUCUAAUUUAUUAGGUGCUGUAUCAUCCUUUUACCUUUGUCAAAGACAAGUUCUGUGUGGGAGAAAAGGCAGGCAGGCUUGUGCAAGGCCAGCACUACAGAUUCAUCACCUUGGCAAUACUGUGCACCUCUGCCAUCCUGGAGAGUGCUAAGCUCUGUUCCUGGGUUCCCUUUGCAGAGUCCCAGACGUGAAGCUGGCUGUGCUGUCCUGGGGACGAGGGGACAACCUGUUAGCAGCAGAUGUGGUUCUGAUUUCCUCAGAAGAAGCACAAAAGGAGAUGCUGUGUUCUUUGAAAACAACUGGAGCCACUGGCAAGAAGCAGCAACGCUGCAUCGAACAAGGGAACCGCUUCCAGCUUAUCAAAACAUGCUGUUGAACUGAAUUUUGCAGCUGCAUUUUCCAAUGUACCAUGGGAUGCAUCAAAUCCAAGGCCGCCUUCCAAGGUUCCAGCGCCGUCCAGGAUGAGAGGAUCGGGGGAGGUGGCGAGGGGUGCACUGGGGAGAAGUCGUCGCUGCUGGCGGUGAAGGCGGAGGAGAGGGGCCCCUCGAGCACCAUCGUGCUGGACUACGCCCACCGGCUGUCGCACGACAUCCUGGAGCAGGCGGUCAAGCAGUGGGCGGUGACCGAGAGCAGGUACAGCGACAUCCCCUUCAUCGAGAGCGACGUGCCCUGAGCCCGGCCCGGCCCCGAGCCCCUGUGCCCGCUGCCAGCGCACGCAAAGCACCGCCAGCUCUCCUCCGAGCAUCGCUCUGGGGAGGGGGCUCCAGGGAGAGCCUCAGAAAAUUUGCCUUUUAACGUAGAUUGCUAACAAACUAAUGGGAUCGCAGUAGAACCCGUUCGUCAAAUGUCAUUCAUUGUCAGCCAUGUGUUGAGUAUAUUCUGUCUUUGUAUGUGUUGGAUGUGACCAGAAAUUAGCAUUUAAAAGACGAUGAGAAGACUGUGGCUGCCCUGCACCUCUACAAGCACUGCCACAGAGGACAAAACGUGGAUUAUUUCUAUGUCCUGCAUAAAAGAUCAGUGGUCUGUCUGUAGGUGAGAUGAACUCUCUGUGCUUGGUGAAGUUGUCUGUGUUUCGCUGAAGUGAAAUCAAGGUCUGCAUGUAGCAAAGGUUACUGCUAUCAUAAAUUUUACUUUUGAUUCUGUGACCUAACUAAAUCUGUAAAACCACAAAAUAAUGAAGGUGAUGAGAGGUGCUCUGUAAACCCCAGUAGAAUUCAGAACCAUUUGGAUGAUGAUGCUAUUCACCUUCUAUUGAAGUGAGCCAGUGAGAAACAUGCCAGUGUUGAUAAGCAGUGCAUUAUCAUUAACAGAUGCUUCUGUAAAUGCAUGAAAGCUUGUCUCUAAAACCCUGCAGUAAGAUAGGUUAAUGACAGCUGGUGUGUUCAGACCAAAGCUGUUUGGUUGUUUUGUUUUGUUUGGGUUUUUUUUUUGUGUUAGGGUGCUGGUUUGGGUUUGGGAGGAUUUGGUUUUGUUGUUUUACUGUCACCCUGAGAGAUGUGCAAAAACUACUGAUAGUACUAGUGAAAGGAACCUUCAAAAGUGUGACAGUGCUUUAGGACAAUUUGUUUCAUGGGAGCUGUGGCUGUAUUACACUGAAAUUCCUCUCUGAAGUACCACUCUUGAGACAGGACGUCUUCCAUCAGCUUCUGUAGGCUGCUGCUUCCCCGUUGGAAAACCUGUUCAUGGCAAUGCCAGCAGGACCCACAGGAGCCCCGGCCCUGAGCACUGCUCUGAAUGCAGAGUUAGGGACUAAGCCUUAGGCCCAAAGCUCAAGGGCUGCAUUUCUCCCCCAGUGCAUCCACACACUGCUCCCUGCUUGCCCAGGGCUCGCAGCCCGACCCACUGCACUCAGGCUGGCGUUAGACAGAUCAGGACACGGAUGCAUUUUCCCUGUUCAUCCCAAAGGUACAAUGUUGCUGACGUUUUAUACAAAGUGAAGACUUUCUAACAGCUUGGCUUUUACCAUCUGUUUGUUCUUUUUUCUGUGAUGCCCAGUUUAAAAGACAUAGUUCCUUUUCCUAGAUCAAAAUGCUUUCUAUUUUGUUUUCAUUUUAUAGAGAAAUGCUUUCCAUACUGGCUAAAGCUGUUACUAUUUUUAAAAGGUACACAUAGUUCUAGUAAAUGAUCCAAAGCAUGAUUUUUCAAGCAAUGGAGAGCAAUCAGAAAGAGGACCUUGUAAAAUGCUGGUUUUAGCUUAUUCUCUGGCAUAAGACAGUCUGUGAAUUGAGCUGUUUUGCAAAUGUUGUGACACAAACUUAGGUAUUUGAAAUUCACCCAUACCGGGAAGUGGCUUUAUCAGGAAUAAUGGGUGAAAAAUAUUUCUCUGUGACACAGCACAAGGCUGCCAUUAAAUCCCAGAGACCAGACUAGAUUCCCAGUGACCUGCUAUUAAGGCUGUUCUCAGGCUUUUGCUGGAAAAGGGAACAAAAUCAGCUUAUGCUGUAAUGUCGUCCUCUUUGAAGUUACGCAGUCGUCUUCAAAGCUAUUUGCAAAGCAGGACUAAGGUUUUAUGGUUCUCCUGCUAAGUGAUGUUUCUUCAACUUCUACAGCAUAUGAAACAUUAGAUCAUACUCUGUUUGCUCUAAAAUACCUCCAUAUAUUAAUAUGAGUUAGAAAGCAAAGCCAAAACGCUGAUCAAGUCAGUACAUAUCAGUAUUAAAAAGGAUUCCUAUUCUUAUUCUAGCUAAAAUAAAGCUUUAUUACAAAAAAAAGGGCCAACCUUUCUAACGUGAGUAUGGGCUCAUGUUAACACUGCUAACCACAGUAAUUAAAAAUAAAAAAGCCAAAGCUCCAGAGCCAUUACUCGCCAGGCAGGUGAGAAGCAGGCAGAAAACUGCACUCACUGUUAGAGCACCUUGAGGUGGAUCUGCCCUGGCCCUUGUACAAGGCACCCUGGUGGUUGCCACGGGCAGUGGGUGUUGCAGUGCUUCCUGUUGCCAUGUCUCAAAUCCUUCCUCUGGAUGUAGCCUUAGCAUGUGAUACUCUUCAGGAAUAUCAGAUGCACUUUUGAGAGCAGCUCCCCAGCUGCCACCACACAGUCCAACAGCAGGCAGAGUUAUAAAACAGCCCAAGGUUCCACCACAGCAGCCACUGUGAUCAGCACUGGGAAUUUCCCCCGAGGAGCUCACCCAGGCACACUGAACAUGCCCCACGACUGCUCCCCUGCACAGCAGCUGCUCUGGGGACGCUGCCCUGCCUGCCCAUGGGGGGACUCAGCACCAGCUGCUUGGUGGCCCAACCAGUCCCUCACCUGCAGCCACCAAUCUUGGUCCUCACUGGUGCCUGAAGGUUACAGCAGCUUCAGAAUGGCCCCAAGUGCAAUUCCAGCUGCUUUACCAUGUUUUCCAUGACAUUGGCACUUUAGGGAAGGCACGCAGCAAAUGGAAAGCAAACAAGCUUGCAAACAACAGGGAGAGGGCAUCUCACCAGGAAAAUCAUCUCUUUUACAGGAUGCUGUCCUUAUAAAUAAUGCACUUACCCUUAAUAGAAAAUAAAUCUAUUCAGUGCUACAGUCUGGAAAGAGACUGAGAGAGAUCUCUCUCCAUAGCUCUGCUGUACAUUUAAUAGGCACAAUACUAAUACAUUGCAAAAAUAAAGACUUCUUUACCUAAAUAAAUUUAUGCUAAGCUGUGCUAGAGUUUCACAGAGCCACUGAGAGUGGGUUUCCAGCUAAGUUACCACUGAUUCUUUGACUUGAUUUUGUGUAAUGAAGGCACUCCAGUUUGGGACUAGCAUACUCUGCAAAACUGUUUACUUCUAUUUAGGAGUUAAAAAUACAUUUGCUUUAUAUUUUCUCCAGGAAACAAGAUUAAUCUGAGUGGAUAUGAUGUGACUGACUUGAUAUUCUAGUAAUGGUUCAAAAUACAUUAACCACAGCACAACUUUGUAAAGCUGAUGUUUCUGGAGUAAGGCACGUCAGUAUUCCCAAAUAAAACACACUACAAUAUAUUUUUUACAAUAUUUUUUGUGGAAAAUAUUUUCUUGUGGACCAAAUAAAAUUCAACUUACCA